CUGCCCCAGCAGCAGUUGACGUCCCACCUGCAGCGUCACGGUGAGGUGUUGGUUGAGUUGGAGCGUUCCUGCCGUGCCUCCCAGCGGCUGCAGGAAGUGUGUCGAGAGUUUGAGCAGCAGAAGGUGUGUUACCUGUCCCUGAACAUGUUCCUGCUACGCCCCCUGCAUCGUCUGCUGCACUACAAACUGAUUCUGGAGAGACUCUGCAAACACUACCCCCCCACACACCAAGACUUCAGAGACAGCAGAGCUGCCCUAGCUGAUAUAUCAGAGAUGGUGCUGCAGCUUCAGGGAACCAUGAUGAAGAUGGAGAACAUCCAGAAGCUUCUAGAACUGAAGAAAGAUCUGACAGGCAUCCAGGACCUGGCUAUACCUGGCAGGGAGUUUAUCAGACUGGGCUGUCUCAGUAAGCUCUCAGGGAAAGGACUACAGCAAAGAAUGUUCUUCCUGUUCAGUGAUUCCCUGGUGUACACCAGCAGAGGUAUGACAGCAGACAACCAGUUCAAAGUUCACGGCCAGCUGCCUCUCUACGGCAUGACAAUCAGGGAGAGUGAGGAUGAGUGGGGAGUUCCUCAUUCUUUCACUCUGUUUGGUCAGCGCCAGUCUGUCGUCGUGGCAGCAAGCUGUGUAUCAGAGAUGGUGAAAUGGAUGGAGGACAUCAGGAUGGCUGUAGUCCUGGUAGAACAGAGUAACAGACCUUCUACUGAUCUACUGUCCACCAGUCGAUCAGACCGCAAGUCUCCAGAAGAGAGCGGUGUGGAGGCUGAGUCAGAGGAGGAGCUGAGUGCGUCUCGUAGCUCAUUGGAGCGUCAGUCAGCACAGAGAGGAAACACGACGGUUCAUGUCUGCUGGCACCGCAACACCUCUGUGUCCAUGGUGGACUUUAGUGUGGCUGUGGAGAACCAGUUAUCAGGUAACCUGCUGAGGAAGUUUAAGAACAGUAAUGGGUGGCAGAAACUCUGGGUGGUCUUCACCAACUUCAGCCUGUUCUUCUACAAGUCACAUCAGGAUGACUACCCUCUGGCUAGUCUCCCGUUGCUAGGCUACUCGUUGACGGUUCCCGGGGAGACAGAGAACAUCCAGAAGGACUACGUUUUCAAGCUCCACUUUAAGUCUCAUGUGUACUACUUCAGAUCAGAGAGCCAGUACACCUUCCAGAG